AUGGCCUGUUGUCAGGUUAACUGCAAGCUUAUAUUGCGCCCUGCUGUCCAAUGGUUCUUCACCAUCCUGGUGAUAACCAUAUGCUCCCAUGCCAAACCAUGCACAUGUUCCAGCAGCUCCAACCAUGUCCGGAACACUAGCUACACCUGGAACACUAGUUUCCAGCAAAUGAAUCAGGGCCUCUUAUUCCUCCUCGACAACGAGUCGGUCAUCUUGCAGCAAGGCAGCCUCGGCUACUACAUGCAGGAGAACACUCAUCCUGGGUUCAGCUUGACCGACUCCGGCUGGUUCCUCAUCCCUAAAUGGUUUGAUCCAUGGAAGAUGAGCCAUGGUGAUGAUCAUAGGGUCGACUUGAAUGAGACCAUAUCCUUCAGCAUCGUCUUCACCCUGAGCGCAGUAAGCACCAUCGACCCGUUUUUGUUUGACAUCCUUCCCACACUUGAACCACCUGAUGACAGAGGGACUGCUCAUCCACCCCCUACCAGGAGGAAUUUUUUCCAGAAUUUCACCGAUACAUUGAACAUCACAUCUCAAUCUGGAAAAGGUAUCCGGGUUACAGCCACCUUUAGCUCUAGUAUAUCGACAUAUAGCAUGCGCAUCAAUUACGAUCGUAGUGCGCGCAACCUCUCUGUCUACCUAGUGCGUGAUGCAGAUGUAGGGACAACAGCCGCCACCACACAGCUCAAUGCCACAGACACCCUGACUCCAGAUGCCUUACUCUUCGCCAUUACAUCCUCGAUGGGGCAGCUCUUGGAACUCCACAACUGGAACUUCACCAUCAAGGUCCAGGUGACUGAACAGUCAAGAGGGCCAAAUAUUGCCACCAUAGUGUCUUCGGUCUUCGGAUCAGCAGCUGCCACGGCCACCAUUGCUGCUGCUGUCUACUUCUACUUGAACUCAAAGUACAGGAGGUGGAAGAAAGACCUUGACAAGCUCACCAAGACCAUGCAGAGCCUCCCCGGUGUGCCUAUGCAGGUCGACUUCGCUGACAUCAAGAAGGCCACCAACAGCUUCCACGAGACCAUGAGGCUGGGGCAAGAGGGCAACCUACUUGCCGCUGUUGAUGCUGUGCUCACCACCUCCGCUGAAUUCGAUGCCGAUGAGGCCAUACGACUACUCCAGCUUGGCAUGGCGUGCAGCAGCUCAAACCCAUCCGACCGGCCAAGCAUGGUGGAUGCGGUGCAGAUCAUCAGCAAGUCAGUACCGCCACCGGACAUCCCUCUUUUGAAGCCACCGCUCGUGUGGCCACCAGGAGGGUGGGAGUCAUCGUCAUCGACCUCUGAUUCUAGCAUGUCGACUAGUAACUUCAACACAACCUCGACAUUCAUGGUUGAGAUGACGGCGAGCAGCAGGGAACACAUCUCUUCCGAACAAGAACGCGGCAGAUUCACCAGUUAUCCCAGAAGGAAGAAGAUCUUCGCCGGUGGCCGUCUCCGUUUAUCACUCUGA